UACAUCAUGAUUGGCCCAAAGCUUUUCUUACACAGGGGUUAUUUUACGGCUUCAAAAGCUUGGCUGGCGGUGUGGUAACCGGUGUAUUCCGGUGAAGUGAAACGAUGUCGUUGAGCGUGUUGAGAAGCGACUCGUAUGUAGAGCUGAGUGAAUACCGAGACCAGCACUUCAGGGGCAACAGAUUUGAUCAGGAAAAGCUGCUGAAAAACAGUUUUACACUGUAUGUUGGAAACCUGUCUUUUUAUACCACAGAAGAGCAGAUCUAUGAACUCUUUAGCAAAAGUGGAGAUGUGAAGAAAAUCGUAAUGGGGCUUGAUAAAGUGAAGAAAACUGCAUGUGGAUUCUGUUUCGUGGAAUACUAUACAAGAGCAGAAGCAGAGCAAGCUAUGAGGUUUAUUAAUGGAACACGGCUAGAUGACCGAAUCAUCAGGACUGACUGGGAUGCCGGCUUUAAGGAGGGCAGGCAAUAUGGAAGAGGGAAAUCGGGUGGUCAGGUCAGAGAUGAAUAUCGUCAAGAUUAUGAUGCAGGAAGAGGUGGUUAUGGUAAAAUUGUACAAAACUUUUGAAGAACAAGAGAGUAUGAACUAGCGUUGCUCACUCACACAAGGAACAGAUGCUGUAUGAGACACAGUUGGUGUUUCAAACUUACCAAUAAGUGUUUACGGGGCUAUUAUUCAGAACAUUUAAAUUUAUUGCAGUUGCUCGGAUGCAUUUUUUUUAUGACAUGACCUGUUAAGUUUUAUUUGUUUCAAGCUGUUGAAAAGAAAUUUGCUUAUCUUUUUAUAAUAAAUUUUAAAACUAAAA